CAGGCUGUGGAAAAGGGAACAGUUAAAUUUGUAAUAUUGGUUGUGUGAAACACUUCUUUGGGCCUCAUAAACAACCACAGAACCACAAGUUGGGUACAGAGGCAGUCACACAAGAGCGGGUCCGGGAUAUUGGUCAGCAGGCAGGGCGAAUCAUUUUGACUGCAAACCACAAGAGUUUCGUAGAGUGGUGAAAGAAAACACAUAUCACAACUCUUUAAAAGAGAGAAUAAGAUUUUAAGGAGGAAACCAUGGCUUCAGAGAGCAUAUUUGACUCAUUUCCUUCUUACCAGCAGUGCUUCAUGAGAGAUACCGGCACCAGCCGCCGCUUCACGCCGCCCUCCACCACGCUGAGCCCCGGCAAGAUGAGCGAGGCCAUGCCGCUCGGAGGCCAGGAGAGCAACGGAGGCGGAGGAGGAGGCGGAGGAGGAGGAGGAGGCGUCGUCCUGGCCGGGAAGCUGAGGAGCGCCGACCGCAGCAUGGUGGAAGUCCUCGCCGACCACCCGGGAGAGCUGGUCCGCACCGACAGCCCCAACUUCCUCUGCUCCGUCCUGCCCACCCACUGGAGGUGCAACAAGACCCUCCCCAUCGCCUUCAAGGUGGUCGGCUUAGGAGAUGUUCCUGAUGGUACUUUGGUCACAGUAAUGGCUGGGAAUGAUGAAAACUAUUCUGCAGAACUGAGAAAUGCUACUGCUGCCAUGAAGAAUCAAGUAGCAAGAUUCAACGACUUGAGAUUUGUGGGCAGAAGUGGAAGAGGGAAGAGCUUCACUUUGACCAUCACAGUCUUCACCAAUCCUCCACAAGUCGCCACCUAUCACAGAGCCAUAAAGAUAACUGUGGAUGGACCCCGCGAGCCACGACGACAUCGUCAGAAACUAGAUGAACAGACAAAGCCUGGAAGUUUGUCCUUUUCAGAACGUCUGAGUGAACUGGAGCAGUUGCGUCGCACAGCCAUAAGAGUCAGCCCACACCACACAGCCCCCACUCCCAACCCAAGAGCUUCCUUGAACCACACCACUGCUUUUAACCCUCAGCCUCAGAGUCAGAUUCAGGAUACAAGGCAACUUCAGCCUUCUCCUCCUUGGCCGUAUGACCCUUCUUAUCAAUAUCUGGGAUCAAUUGCUACACCUUCUGUUCACCCAGCAACGCCAAUUUCACCUGGAAGGGCUAGUGGAAUGACUUCCCUCUCUGCAGAACUUUCAAGCCGACUGACGGGUGCUUCCGACCUAACUGCGUUCAGUGAUCCAAGAGUAGGAAUUGAACGUCCUUUCCCUGCCAUUCCAUCCAUUUCUGAUCCUCGUAUGCACUAUUCAGGACCAUUCACCUACGCUCCAACACCUGUCAGUUCAGGAAUAGGAAUUGGCAUGUCUGCCAUGACCACUGCCACAAGAUACCACACUUAUCUACCCCCUCCAUACCCAGGUUCUUCUCAGGCUCAAGGUGGCCCAUUUCAGACCAGCUCUCCAUCUUAUCAUCUCUACUAUGGAACGUCAGCAGGAUCAUACCAGUUCUCCAUGAUGUCUGGAGGAGAUCGGUCACCCCCACGUAUUCUUCCUCCUUGCACUAAUGCUUCCACAGGAUCGACCCUCCUCAAUCCCAACCUUCCAAACCAGAAUGAUGUUGUGGACACAGAAGGCAGUCACAGCAACUCUCCUACCAACAUGGGAACCACAGCUCGCCUAGAAGAAGCAGUAUGGCGACCAUAUUGAAUUAUCAGUAUAUGUGUCCAACCUGCUGGUGUCCAUGGUAUUCUCAUGAGUGAUUGAGGGCUCUGCCAUGUUUAUAUAACAUACAGAGAAGCAGUCUAGAAAUCAGUAUUUCUGGGAAUGGUGCCAUGGCGACCAACUGAUUUUACUCAGCAAGGAAAUUACAUUCCCAAAAAGUGCACUCAUCCAGAGGUGAUAAUGUUUUAAAUGGCGGUAAUACUACUCACUCACUUUGUCUAUUGAUAUGGGAAAGAAUAGAUACUCAAUGUGUUUCCAGAACGUGACACUUCAAAGUGAAUUUGGAACUCCGCAAAUCUUUUUUUAAAUCCUUUGACAUAUGGUUUGGGGGCUUAAAGUCUUGCACCAUGUUAAUGAGUUUAAUCAAUCAUUUUGACAUAUUAGGUAAAAGGAAGUAUAGGAAGAUUCUCAGAGAGAAACUGUGAAUACUUCUGAUUUAGCAAUGCUGUGAAUAAGAGGUUUUAUAUCCUGGAAUUAAUUUUUUAGUCAAGUUGUAUAUUUCAAAGAGUAUGGGAAUUCUUUUUAAUUUUUAUUUUUUCUUGGGAUGCAACUCAUCCUUCUUUGCAUAUUAUUUUUAUUUCCUUUUUGGCACCUUAAAAUUGCAAAAAGAUUUAAUCUUUUUUUUAAAAAAAAAUAUAUAUGCUUGCUUAUCUCAUACUUUAUCAGCCAGACACAUCCAAAAGAGACAAAAAAAACCUUCCCAGAAGGUAAUUUCAUAUUUCCUUUAAUAUAAAAAAGUGACAGACAAGCGUCCUUUUCAACUACUGAAAUUAUGAUGAGUUGCCUGAUAUUUAUGCUCAGCAUUGAGUUUGUUGUGUGUGAUACCUUUUAUUAUUUAAAUAUGCUUUAAAAAUAAGCACAUGCAUUUUGUAGCAACCAAAGUUUUAAAUUGUCACAUAUAAAAUGGCUGGAAUAAUUAUGGGUAAUGUGACUUUUAUUAUUUAGAAGUAUUGUUUACAUUUUGUUCCAUUUCAUUUUCUUCGGUCAAUUAACACACAAUAAAGUUUCUCCAGUUGAGAACCCAAAAUUAUUUUAAAUGUUAGUAAGGAAGAAGUAGUGACAAGAUAUGUCUGUUCUUAGAGGGGGGGAGGGAAGGAUUUUGCUAUUUCAUGUUGAAGGUUUGAAUAGGAUUUAUAGAGCUGGAGCAGGGCACUAGAGGCAGACACUGGUCUUGGAGAGCACAGUUUCCAAGAAAAACUGAAUAUAAUGCUCCUUGUUAUACGGCAUCAACAUCCUGAAAAUGAAGAUAAAUGAAAAACAAAACCAAAAACAGCCAGAUACCAUAUUGGCAGUGGCCACUGAUGGCUUCCAUUUCAGUGGUGUGGUAAAUCUAAUGUUUAAAUUCUGAUGUUUAGAGAAGCUGUACAGUUAGACCUCCCUAUUUCCGGUUUUAACCUUUACAGAUUUGAUUAUUUGCAAUUUUGAUUAAUAUGUUCUCUAUAGAAAUCUCUAGAUCUCUCAGUAUGACCCUAUGGUCAGCAUCUGCCAGAAGAUGACCAUAGAGGCAUGAUGGAGACCUAGACAUUCAUAGAGAGAACACUUUUCUAGACAUUUAUAGCUCCUCCAGAGAGAUUAUGUAAUCAAUGUCCCAGUAUUUCCUGUAGAGUCACAUCGGAGAACAUAGAGAGGUGUUAAAAUAGUAUUUGUAUGUUCAGUUUUCCCACUUUUUGUGGAGAUUCAGUACCCCUAGCCCUAGCUAAUGUGGAGGGCCAACUAUACUCCCCAAAGUAGGUUCAGUACCUUGAACAGUAAAGUUUGGAGUUAAACCUGGAAUUGAGUCACCACCCCAUUGUCAUGGAAGCCACCAUAGGUUAGCAGUAACUUCCAGAUCUAUAUGUUAUUGGUAGAAUCAGACACAUACUGGACAUUGUGCUUUGAUGUGCUAGAGAAUGCAAGAACAUGUUUAAAGCUCUGAUCUUAAACUCGGUCAUUUGGAUACAGAUUACGUGGAAAUCAAUAGAGAUAAAGCCCACAGUUUAUGUAGUACAGAGUUGCAGUUACUUUUUCUGCAUCCUUACAAAGCACCUGCCACAGACAAUCUCAGGAUGGUGUAGGCCUAAGCAGAAAAAUGGCAUGGGAAUGGGUCCAUUUAUACCUUCAUUCAUCCCCAGCUGCUUUUCACCUUAAAACAUAGGGGCAGGAGAUGUAUGGCCAUCUUACGGAAUUGGCCUGUAAUUCCCAUCGCUCUGAAUUUAUUAUGCCAACUGAAUGUCUGUAGUGAAAGGAAAGGUAUGACUGCCUUUCAAUGUUCUACCACAGGAGGAAAAGCAGACAGGCAGUUUUCAAUAGAAAAACAGUAGAAGGCGAGAAAGCUACACAUCUUCUCUCACACAUUAUGCAGGUUUGCAGCCUUUUGGACUCACUGUCGCUUUAAAAAUGACAUCUGGCAACUUUUCACAUUGAAUUGGCACCCCAGCAACACAUAAAAACAGUUCACCUUGCAAAACGGUGGCCUUCUCUAAAACGGAGAAGCAGAAUAACCAUCACAUCGGUAGGCUGAAAUAGCCCACCCAAUAGCAUAUUUGUAAUUUUUGUCCAUUUGUUUUCAUGAUAACUUAAUAUGAUUAUUGUUGUUUCACUGUUUAUUACAUCUCAAACAUACCAGUUAUCACUGUAAUUAUUAGGCACUAUUUUAUACGGGGCGGGGGGAUCUCAAUGCAAUCGUUUUCCUCAAGAACAGAACCUGCUGAAGUUGACAGAAUUCAGAAUUAUCUUUUGAUUCUUAACAGACCUUCCAAAAUCAGUGAAACAACUUCAGGUCAACCCAUUGGUAUUUAAAUCAGUGUUGGGUGUUUUAAAGAAAUAAUAAAAGGAUUUGGUUUAGAAAGAUCCUUGGCUGCAGGCAGCAAAACAGCUGAACUUAUUUAAAGUACUUCUUUUUACUUAUAGAUAUAGAUAUAUAUUUGUAGUUUGCUUUUGGCUUGUUUGUGUGUUUGAUGCAGUAGCACUUUGGUAUAAAAUGUUACAGAGUUAAGCAAUGCUAUGACAUCAGUAGGGUCAACUUUUGUGCGUAAAAUCAUUUCAGCUGAUCUCAGCCAAACAAAAAACAAUGUCAUGUUCGCCUCUUUCAGUCUAGUAGGUUAAUGGGUUUCUGAAGGUGAAUUUUAAACUUUAUUUGAGUUAAUACAUGUGUUGUAAUUAGAGUAUUUAAAGUUUUUUAAAGAAAGAAACUUUUCUGUGCUUCUGAUUUUUUUUUAAAAAAAUGUUGUUUAAGUAGUUAAUUUUACAAAACUGUUACAACCAUCUUCUCUGAUGUUUCAUAUUUCAGUUCUUACCUCUCCAAAUGACAUUUAAAGGGUUCUUUCAUAGUAAUUUUUUCACACGAUGCAGCCUAUAAUACAAUGCAUUUUAUUUUCUGUUACAAGUGCUUGCUGGUGACAUCUAUUUAAAUAAAUAACAGCAACUAGA